AUUGAAGAAGAUUUCCUACCUAUAAUUUCAAGAAUUAGAGCAACAACAGCUCCGCUUGGAGGGCCAAAGGGAGAGAUACUAUAUGCCCGUGAGCAUGAAGCCGUAUGGUUCAAAGGAAAACGUUUUGCACCAUCUGUUUGGGCUGGUACCCCUGGAGAAGAACAGAUUAAACAGCUCAGACCUGCCCUUGAUUCCAAAGGCAAAAAAGUCGGUGAAGAAUGGUUCACCACGAUGAAGGUGGAGAAUGCCUUAACCAGGUAUCACGAGGCUGGUGACAGGGCAAAAACAAAAGUCUUAGAACUAUUGAGAGGAUUAUCUGCUGAACUGCAAACAAAGAUCAAUAUUCUUGUGUUUGCUUCCAUGUUGCUUGUCAUUGCAAAGGCAUUAUUUGGUCAUGUAAGUGAAGGAAGAAGAAGAAAAUGGGUUUUCCCGACUCUUACCCAACGCCAGAGGUCUCAGAAUACUGGAACACUACAUGGAGCUGAGGGAAUGAAGAUAACAGGGCUUUCCCCAUAUUGGUUUGAUGCAGCUCAAGGUGGUGCUGUACGAAAUGAUGUGGAUAUGAAGUCACUGUUUCUCUUGACAGGACCAAAUGGAGGUGGGAAAUCAAGUCUGCUGAGAUCAAUUUGUGCUGCUGCACUACUGGGAAUAUGUGGAUUCAUGGUCCCGGCAGAAUCAGCUAUUAUUCCUCAUUUCGACUCCAUCAUGCUGCACAUGAAAUCUUAUGAUAGUCCUGCAGAUGGAAAGAGCUCAUUUCAGGUUGAAAUGUCAGAGAUCCGUUCUAUUAUUACUCGAGCAAGUUCGAAGAGCCUUGUCCUUAUUGAUGAGAUAUGCCGAGGGACUGAAACAGCAAAAGGAACAUGUAUUGCCGGCAGUGUGAUUGAAACACUUGAUGCUAUUAGUUGCCUGGGUAUUGUGUCCACCCACCUGCAUGGAAUCUUUGAUUUACCAUUGAGAAUGAAAAGUGCUGUCUUUAAAGCAAUGGGAACAGAACUUAUUGACAACCGAACCAUGCCAACAUGGAAAUUGAUUGACGGGAUUUGCAAAGAGAGCCUUGCAUUUGAAACAGCUCAGAGAGAAGGAGUUCCUGAAGAACUAAUUCAAAGAGCCGCAGAGUUGUACAUUUCAGUUUAUGCAAAAGAUUCAUUAAGACCACACGACUCAAAGCUAAAGCACUUCACUUCUCCGACAGUUCAUAAAUCUAAUGCAGUCACUGAUAGACGAAGUCUUCCUGAAAAAGAAUGCUCUUCCGUGAUCCAGCCAGUGAACACCGCUGACGUUUUGCAUAGAGAAGUGGAAAGUGCUGUCAUAAGUAUCUGCCAGAAUCAACUGAUCGAUCUCUGCAAGAAGAAUGAUCUCUUGAAGCCUUCAGCAAUCAGAUGUGUUCUGAUUGGUGCGAAGGAACAGCCACCUCCAUCCACUAUUGGUGUUUCCGGUGUUUACGUCAUGCUUAGACCCGACAGAAAACUUUAUAUUGGAGAGACUGAUGACCUUCAGGGCCGGGUCCGUGCUCAUCGCUUGAAGGAGGGAAUGCAGAAUGCAUCAUUCCUCUAUUUCUUGGUACCAGGGAAGAGCAUGGCUUGCCAACUGGAAACUCUUCUCAUCAACCAGCUACCCGUACGAGGUUUUCACUUAACUAAUUUAGCUGACGGAAAGCAUCGGAAUUUUGGCACGUCUGAUAUCUUACAAACAGAGGUGUUGGUCGGAUAAAGUCUUGCUUUCUUCCUCUUGAAUGUUGGUGAACAAUGAACAAAAUGAUGUAAAAGAAAAUGUAUCUAUCAGUAAUGCUCGUUGUAGACGGUUAGGUGCAGGUUGGACAUUUAUCAUGCAGUGGUUGCAGCGAUUUUGGAUCAGUUUAAGCUGCUCUUUUGAGGCCUGCUUUUUCGACAAUUGCAGUUCUAAGAUAAAUUCUUUUGACUCCCUUUUAAAAUGUGUCCUAUAGUGUUAAA